CCCCAUUUUUUACACGCAAAAUUAUUCGGCCAAAUUUUUUUUUUAAUUCGUUUAAUUCUUUAUUUGGACAUCUCAAAAGUCACUCAAAAUCACAAUUCACAUCUAAAUGUAUUUGUAAAUGAAGAAACGCUUUUUGCCUAAAAAUGUCGCAGAUCACACUGAACGUCGAAAUCCAAGUAAAUCUUCAGAGAGGAAACGUCCCAUUGGAAAAAUAGUCGAAAGAUUCGAAAAUUUAUAUGGUGCUCUUGGAUGUCGAUUCGAGUACAGGGAAUCAAAGAUUGUUCAAAUGAGUGAAAGACCCUCAUCUUCAGAGAAGUGCAAAAAGGUGAAAACCUGCAGCUCCGGGUGCUUGUCGAUGGAAGAACUGGAGAGGAAAAAGAGCCCCAUCAAUCCCUACAAUCGAGCCGAGUACCCUCCAGUCCAGUGGCUACCUCCGGAUGUCGAAGAUACAGACACUUCCAUCCCCUGUCCGGAACGCGAAACCUUUCCCAUGCCACACAUUCACACGGUAUUCUGCCCACCAAAAGACUUGCAAAAAAAGGAAAAUGGCUACAUUUCCGCUACCCGAGCAAAGGAAGAUUGCAGGGAGGAAUUGGCGAGGAAAGAACAGUAUCGAAAAAUUCGAGACAAAGUAGAGAAAGCCGUUAAGAAGCACAAGGUGUUUCUAAUUCGAGGAGAGUUGCCAAAACUUAAGAAAGCUUUAGAAGACAGGGGCUGGGUCCAGAAGUACGAAAGCACCCAAACAAGAUCGCUUCCAUAUGGAAGUGUGACCUAUCUAGAAGCAAAAUCUCUAGGAGACAUUCGACUAUCUGAUGGGAUGCUGAAUGAAAGGGCUUUGAUGUUUACCAUGCUACGACACAAGGCUCCAGACUUGAUUUGGGAUUGUCGAAACGACUUUGUUGAUUGGGAUUGUAAUUUGAAAAGUAACACAGUCUUAAACAGAUACCAAAAACCUGCUGCUUACACUUCCAAGCUUGGAAUGGCAAACUUAUUGCAAGAAUCCCACUGGCUCUAUGAGCUGGACGUAGCAGAUGUCAACUGUCCACGCAGCUACAACCUGACAAGAGAGCUGUCCGCCUUCAUAAAAGAUUUUCGACUAACAGCCGCUGCGGGACUCCUGAAAUGGCUCGUCGAGAGUGCUCGGGAUGGGGCUGUUGACAAGGAUCGGGAUACAUUUCCGGUGGACAUUGGUCAAGUGGAGUUUGCUCUGAGACGUUGCGAAGAGUGUGUAGCUGACGCGAAACACGAGAGUAUCGAUCAGCCGGAUCCAGAGGUCUCAGAAGAGGAAUGGAACCGCUUCUGUGACGAUCACAACAGAGUACUUCAUAAAGAGAAUGAGAUUCCUGAUUGCAGAAGUACUCCAUCUAGACUCCAGAAAGCCUACGAAGCUGCGGUUACUGUGCUCGAAGAAAUCAAGGAAAUUGAUUCUCAGUACUUUCUCAAUGGAAAAAGAAACGUGUGGAUCAUGAAACCAAGUCACCUCUGUUGUGGAUCCGGAAUCAGCAUUUCACAUGAUCUGAAAGAAAUUCUUCGCAGAGCAGAAACAAGGCCAAAAGAGUAUUUCAUUGUCCAAAAAUACAUUGAACAUCCACUUUUGGUUCAGGGCACCAAAUUCGACAUACGUUUAUGGUAUCUCGUGACAUGCACCUUCCCUCUCACAAUAUGGGUAUUUAGGGAAGCGCUCCUUCGGUUCAGCUCUAAGCCCUACACCUUCUCCUCGUACCAUGAAGCGAUUCACAUCUGCAACACGGCCAUUCAAGAGAAGUACGACUUCGAGAGGCGGAGGAGGAGAAAAAGAGGCGACGUCAUCGAGGCCGCCGAGACUGUGCGAGAUCAGGGAUGGGAUUGUGAGAAGCUGAACGAAUGUUUGAAGAGUAUGGGAUACAAAGGAGAACCUUACUAUGAUACGAUAUACCCAAGAAUGGCUCAAGCGAUUGUAAUGACGAUGCUGGCAGCUCAAGAAUCCAUGGAUAAGCGGCGUUGCAGUUUCGAGUUAUAUGGCGCUGACUUUAUGGUUAUGGAAGAUCUCUCCGUAUGGCUCAUAGAAAUUAACACUAAUCCUCGAAUGCAUCCCCCAAGUUCGAAAAUCAGUCAACGACUCUACGGCUCAGUUUUAGACAGUCUAGUUAAAGUAAUAAUGGACCUUCCAAUCAACCCAAGUUCUGACACCGGAGGAUUUGUUCUGACCUACAUGCAAACUGUACCGGAAUUUCGUCCUUACCUCGGGCCAUGUUUUUUCGCCAUUGGCAAGUCGAUGACGCUACACGAACAGCCUCGAAAGAAACGACAGGAGCGUAAAGCAAACAUUUGCAGUCCCUGGAGCAAACAGAAUCGUGCAUGGACCGCCCCACCCACGGUCGCUCGUUUGAGAGAUCCCAAGGUCGUUGACUUUAUCGACUAUUUAAAUUCCGCUGGCUGUGCAGCUGUCAACUAAACCUUUACCCACUUACUCGACACCAAGAAAAAGAAGCUACAUGAAAACAAAAAUUGUAUACAUCCUUUCCAAAAUGGAUUCACAUCAAAAGACGAACAAAUUUUUAAACAAAUUGUGACAUCAUGAUCUGGGGCUCAGUGGCGCAUGUGGGGCUGAGCGGGACAUCGUUGAUUCUUCAUUUAUAAAUGCGGUAUUUGAUUCUUCUUGAGAAAAAAUUAAGAGAAUUUCAGGUACAUUUUGUGAAACUUAGGUUACAAAACCGUGGAGAAGUAAUAUCGUUUUUGAAAUGUAGAAUUACGGGUGGACGGUUAGCCGCAGUGUGUGUUUCUCUAAAAGGUGUAUCAAUAUACAGACUAUUUAAAUUGCA